AUGGCCCCAGCGAGCAACAACCCCCUCGUUAUAGAGGAACCCCUCAUCAGGACAUCCUAUGAACUCCUGCGAAGGUCACACAAGUCUGCCCAGAGACAAGUCGAGAAGGACUUUAAAGCUGUAGACAUCGGUCUAUCGAAUCUUCUAAAGUCUCUGAAUGACAAGUCCGCGACCGAAGAUGGACGGGCUGCUAUCGCUGCCAAGCUGGACCAGAUAUCCGAGAGGCCGAAGGGGCUGAAGCGAAAGCUCGACGAUAUCCAGCCGUCAAAAGUCAAUCCCACAGCCCUGUCGUCCAGAGUGGCAUACAUGGAACAAGCCCACCCGGGAUCUACCAAAGCUCCGGCCAAGAAGAGCAAAGUCAAAGCCGAGGUCGCUGUGAAGCCUAGCGAAGGCGAGUCCACGAAAGCAGAGGAUGCGAAAGAAGUAAAGGACGCGAUGAAAGUUGACCAGGCAGAUGCUGCUACGAUGAUCAAAAAUGCAAGCGAAGGCUCUCACCAAGAUACGUGCACUCUUGAUAGAUACAUUGUGGACUACCUCCUCAGGAAGGGUAGACUGGAAAGCGCCAAAGCCCUUGCUCAGGCUCAGCACAUCGAGGCAAGUACAUAUGACGUGCUGGUCGACAUUAAGCUGUUUGCUGAGCUCGUCAAGAUAGAGAAGGCAUUGGUCGAGAAUCACUCGUGUGCAGAAGCGCUCGCCUGGUGCGGCGAGAAUCGUGGUACCCUCAAGAAAACCAAGAAUAACCUCGAGUUCACCGUCAGACUGCAAGAGUUCAUAGAGCUCUGUCGCAAGCGGGACACUACUGCUGCUGUAGCAUAUGCUCGGAAGAAUCUGUCUAGCUGGGCUGCGACGCAUAUGGCUGAUUUCCAGAAGGGUAUGACCUUGCUGGUGUUUGGAGAGAGGACUGGAGUGAUCGGCUAUAGAAAAUUGUACGACCAAUCUCGCUGGGAGUCUGUACGAGACCAUUUCAGGGAGACAUUUCUCGACAUUUACGCUCAGCCGUCCCAGCCCCUCCUCUCCCUCUCACUCUCAGCAGGCCUCGCCUCCCUCCGCUUACCGUCUUGUGUCCAUCACACCCGUACCACAAGUCAUCUUCCGCCCCCCGUUACCGACCCCCACUCCAUCCCCCUCCUCCCUGCCGUCCCGCCUCUGCACAACCUGGAAUCCAUCCUUCUUCCUGCCCACUCUCCUUCUCAUCUCACAGCGCCACUUGGAGGCAUCCCAUCAUCCCCAACCACGGACCUGCACGCACAUCCAGAGAUGGUAACCGGCAACGUCGACUGUCCGACUUGUGAUGAGAACUUGAGAGUACUGGCAAGUGAGGUGCCGAUGAGCCACCACGUCAACUCGACCAUCGUCUGUCGGAUCAGCGGCGAGGUGAUGGAUAGCGAGAAUGGGCCGAUGGCGUUCCCGAAUGGUUAUGCCCUAAAGGAGAUGGCCAAGAACAACUUUGAUGUGGUGACCUGUCCGAGGACUCGCGAGACAUGUGCCUUUGCCAGGCUGAGGAAAGUAUACAUCUCCUAG